AUGGGAAAGCUUCCAACCGAAGAGGACAUCGCCUGGAUGGUGGCGCAUAUCAACGACUCGACGGUUCCCGACAUCGUUGUUUGCUGCAUCAUCUGCAGUCUCGCCUCUGUCGUGAUCCUGGCUCUACGCAUCUGGGCGAGAUCUCAAGCCGGACUCAAGCCCAUUUUCAGUGACUGGCUGAUCGUUGGUUCGGUGUUCUUCUACGUCGUCUUCUGCACAGUUUUUGCUUUAUCAACAAGGUAUGGAGCUGGCAGACACAUCAUCCUCAUAACGGAUCCGGAGACGAUGCGCAUGUUGGCUAUCCUCAAUAUUUGCAAUCCGAUUCUAUACGGCGUUUCCAGCGUCCUUGUCAAAUGGAGCAUCCUCGCAUUAUACCUUGCAAUCUUUCCCCAAAGAAAGUUCCACUACUGGGUUCAUUUCGUGAGCACCGUCAACUUGCUAAAUGGACUCGCCAUAGUCCUCGUGAGCUGCCUGCAAUGCCGUCCCCUAGAGGCCUUAUGGAAUACAUCAGUGGUGGGCACUUGCAUCAACUUCAGUUAUUUCAGCAUCUUUAACAGUGUCUUCAACUUUUUAUUGGACGUGGUUAUCCUUCUGACCCCCCUACCGCUCGUCAAACAACUCAACUCGUCGACACGAAAGAAGAUCUUACUGUCUAUCAACUUUGCUUUAGGCGGAAGGUAG